ACUCUCUUGCAUCUACAAUUGUAUGUCUUGUACUUUUUGUCUUUCAGGUUACUGUCGCCUCCAAACACAUCCACACCUCUCAGAGAUUUACCCACAAACACCUCUGUUUCCAAAUUUACUCCUCUACAAGACUCCCCUAAAUCAAACACAACCACUACCACUCACACACCCUCCAGACCAAUAUGGCUGACAGAGAAACCCAGCGCCCCUCCCAGCUUCUCCACUACUUUCUCUACUCCGUCUCCUUCCCGGCCGGCUUCGAGUCUCUCCUCUGCUGCUAAAGACACUAAGACAACUGCUGUCUCCAAACCAACAGCUCCACAGACUACUUGUGAAUCUACCUUCACCACAACAACCACAUCUAUCACCACCAGGCCCAUCGCUGCUCCUCGUACCUCCACCACGGCGGCAAAGACACUGCAGUCCAAGCUCAAGUUCUUCCAGUCAGAUAACACAGCUAACAAUGAUGACAAAAAGACUACAACCACCAAGAUUGACAUAAACAAAGGGACAAAUGUGACCAGUAAGGUGCAGGAGGCCACAGCAGGGCAGGCCGUCACUGUGGUUGUGAAUGUUGGUGAUUUUGGCAAAAAGGACACAAAUGUGAGCUUGAACACAGGUGGGGAGAAAGCUAAAGCAGCAGGUGGAGAUUCAAAGACGAAAGCAUCGGCAGUAGCCUUCCUCUCCAAAAAACUGGCAGAGGAGAACAAUAAUAACAACAGUAAGCCAUCGUGGGCGAAUGUAGUACUGAAGAAAACUGACAAACCUUCCGAUGUCGAGACUCCAAAAAGGGAGACGGAGGGAGUCAGAGGGAGAGUGAAGCUGAAAGCAGACCCAUCUCUCCUCGCUGACCUGCAGAUUCCGGCAGACAGGCGGACUCCGAGUCCGACUGGCAGGACUGGACUCAGAUCCAGAACUCCAGAAAGAGGCGUCCCAAAGCCCCGCAGCGCAUCACCGAGCACCUCAGCAUCAGAAAAUGAGUCACCUGCGGACUGGAGGUCGAAGCUCAAACCCGUUUCCAAACCGCCUGUUCCUUCACAGCCCUCUCAAAAACCCUGGGCUAAUGGAGCUGGAAAGACUCAGACUUCUGAGCCGUCUGUCGGGCCUUCUCCCUCCUCUCAUCUCUCCACACCGAGCAUUUCUGUCACUCCACCUGCAUCAAAGGGACUUGUGAAUGGUCAGGAAGACUCAACUGCUAAUACCAAGCCAGAGUCAAAGAUCACCAAGACUAAGCCAGACUACAUCCACAAAGAUGCUAUCUUGAAGGAACUUAAGGAGAUUGACGACAGUUUGAAUGAGUGGGAGAAGAGGGGAGUGGAGCUGGAGGUGAGGCUCCGCAGCUGUGAGGAAG